GAUCCAAGGUAGUUUUGCUACGUGCUCAAUCUCAACCAGGAUCACAACCUCUUGCAACUUCAGUCCUAGAAUGGAGAUUUCUCGAAAAGAAAGUUCAACACCAAAGAAAGUCUGUUGAAGCGUCGCUUUAG